AUGGGAAAUUCUCAUGCCACUAGAAAAUGCAUUUCCGAAGAGAUUGCUGAAUAUCUUGAGACAGCAAAGCGUAACUACUUAGAAAACUAUGAACAUCCUGUCAAAAAACCAGCAUCUUUAGAUGAAUUUAAGCAACUGAGAACUUUGGGUACGGGAUCUUUUGGUCGAGUUAUGCUUGUACAGCACAAAAAGACAUCCAACUUUUUCGCCUUGAAAAUCCUUGACAAAGCAAAAAUAAUAAAACUUAAACAAGUUCAACACACGCUAAAUGAGAAGAGAAUUUUACAAGCUGUCGACUUUCCUUUCUUGAUUCGGCUGGAAUAUAGUUUCAAGAAUGAGGUUUACUUGUUUUUAGGACUGGAAUACGUCUCCGGAGGUGAAAUGUUUUCUUAUCUGAGAAGAAAGGGAAGAUUUAGUGAGUCUGCAGCGCGUUUUUACUCAAGCCAGGUCAUAUUAGCUCUUGAAUACUUGCACUAUCUUGACUUAAUAUAUCGAGAUCUGAAACCGGAAAAUAUACUUUUGGACCCAGUUGGAUACAUAAAGAUUGCUGACUUUGGCUUUGUUAAACACGUGAAAUAUCGAACAUACACACUGUGUGGUACUCCUGAAUAUUUAGCUCCAGAAAUUAUUCAAAGUAAAGGUUAUACAAAAGCUGUCGACUGGUGGGCAGCUGGUGUAUUAAUAUAUGAAAUGGUCGCUGGUCAUCCACCAUUCUUUGCAGAUGAACCGAUAGAAAUUUAUGAACGUAUUGUUAUCGGGAAAUAUAAAUUUCCCUCUCACUUCAGUUCAGAUUUGAAAGAUCUUUUGCGUAAUUUGAUUCAAUCUGAUUUAACACGACGAUUUGGUAAUUUGAGAAAUGGUGUUCAGGAUAUUAAAUCUCACAAGUGGUUUUCACAUUUGGACUGGUUAAUGAUUUUCAAAAAAGAGGUAACAGCUCCUUUGAUACCCAAUUGUAAAGGACCUGGUGAUGCAACAAAUUUUGAAAGAUAUCGAGAAGAACCAUUGAAAAAAAGUAAAAUUAAUAAAUUCGAAGCAGAAUUUGCUGAUUUUUAA